GUGUGUAUUGAUGUAUUGGGUGAUGAUGGGAUAGAAGUUUUUGUUUCAAAUAAAACAGAUAGGAUAAUUGCACACCUCAAAAAAUGUACAUAUUUUACAAGACAAACAACACCUGAGGAAAGAGAAAAAGUCUUUAACUUAUCUAAUAAUGAACAAUCAAGUUUAUAUGAUACCAUGUCUACCUCAUCACAAUCAUCUACCCAAAAGAGCAUUGUACAAUCCACUUCUUUUGGCCCACUUGACAACUAUUCUGUUCAUUCAUUGUUACAACAAGACUAUAAAAAAUUUAAGCUUGAAGCAAGUGAGUUGUUUGAUUUUUUAAACCCUCUUAUAAAGCUUCCAGAUCACUGGACUCUUAGUGGACCAACUUUAGAGAUGGCAGUUUCUGAAUAUAAUAGGGAAAUGUUUGAAGCUCUUCAAAAAGAUUCAAUUGGUGUUACUUUAAUGUUUGAUGGGGAAACUCUAUAUUUGGAAGAUGACGAUAUUAGUAUGAAGAGAAAAAGUUACACUAAAGAACAUUUACACAAGUCAAACCCUGUUGAAUUACCUCUACCCAGUUUUCAAGAUGAAUACAACACAGAGAAUAAUGAUCAACCAAAUAUAAAUUACGAAGAAUUAAGUAAAGAAUAUGCAGAACCCGAUGAAUCUGCAGAUCUUGCUUUGGAUGAAACAAUUGAUGACAAGACUUUGGAAUUAACUCCUUUGAAAGAGUUUGGCCAAUUUUUAGAUGUAUGGAUCGAAAUAUCGAAAAAUGAGAUUGAUAAAAUUGCAUAA